UCAGACUCUACCAAAUUUGAAGUAAUUCAUUCUUACAUCUAACACGAACUGUUUUCAAACAGUCGAAUUUUCACAUGUGAUUACGUUUUAUCAAUCGGUGGCUUGUAUGAUGCCGCCACAUACAUAACCAGAAUGAACUUUCUGACCAAACUUAAAGCCGCAGCCAGCAGCACAUCGCUGGCAUCCCGCUCUGGCGCUUCCAAGCCCCCCUCGCCCGCUCCCUCCGUGCACAAUCUGGGAGAUGCAGAAAGUGACAGAUCAGAAUGCCGGUCGAGUCGGUCACGAUCGCCACUUCGGUCAAUCCAGCAUUCUUUUCGAAGACUUUUCGGUCAGCCGAGCCCGCGGAGUAAAUAUCAAUCACAAGACCUUUUAGCGAGCAAUCAACAAAUCCCAAUCCAUAAUGGUGCCAAUCAGAACCCUCCAGUGAGACCACCUCAAUAUAAACCACCUCUUCCACCAAAACGAGCAGCCCCGAUCAUUUCCCCGAAUGCCAACAACGUCGAAAACUAUCGCGACAAAUUGCGAACUAACAAAAAAGAAUCUCAAACGAAAGAUCAGCAGAACAAACGGUCCAUAAAAAUGAGCAUAACGCCAAAAGACAACUUGGCUUUUGUGAAGUCCAAGCUAAAACAGGGUUCGAGUGAGGUGAAAAUUCUGAGCUCGGAGUCUGAUAGCAAGAAAGACAGGAACCCGAAGAAGGCUGGGGGAGGGGAGAGCAGAAAGAGUAAAGUACAGAAGGGCGGAGGGGCGGAGGCGAGUUCUGCAAAUAGUGGGAUGAGUGUGGCCUCGGAGCCCAUUAUGCACUAUGGCAGGACCCCUGAUGGAAUAUACCAAUCAGUUGAUUGCGAGUAUCAAGAGUUCAUUCAUGGUUUUCCCGGACAAAGUUUUAAUCCAGUCCAAUAUCAAUCGUACAGCGCAUCCACGGGACUCAUGAUACCAUCUCCAAAUCUCCUCAAUCAUCAAUCCAGACCUCAAUUCCAGGCGCAACAUUCGUACCACGGGAUGAUCCCCGCGUCACCAUACCAAUUAUGGGAAGCACCACGAAUUUCUAAAAGAGAUCAUGCAUUACCCGCAGCAUUGCAUGUACCCAGCCAACCCAAUCCACCUCAUCUCCAACCCAGGGAUCCGAGAUUUAUAAACGAAAUCCCAUUUCAGCAAAUGUUUCCGGGCGACAAAAUCAAUUCCCAGCCUGCAAUUAAUUAUAACCCGAAAACUAACUUGCAACCCGCAUCUUUGGUCCGCAGAACUCCAAAUGAUCGAUCAAAAAGUAAGGAGAUUAAUAUUCCGGUGAUGCCAGACAAACCCACCUACAUGCGAUCAAUUUCCAACCAAGAAUUAGUGACACGUCACGUGCAGCAGCAACAUAUGAUAAACCAAAUUCAUCAGAACUCACAGAUAAGUUUGAACAGUCAGGGAAAACAUCAGCCCCUGAGGGUUCCCUUAGGGCUGCAGCACCAGUUCAACCAGCCUGCUCCGGUGCCUUUGCAGCUACACUACGACUCCUCUGAUUCGCAAGCUAUUUACAGCGACUCAAGUCCUCGCUUCAACAAAAACGAGAGUCGGUCAAAACGGCGAGACAAGUCGGUUCCACGAAGACCAAUGUCAAAUAUACAUCUUGAAGUAGCGGAGCGAAACAGUAGAAAUGAGCAUAUUGGUCAACGUACGGUCAGUUCACCAAGUUUGCACUUCAUGGGUCGUCAAACCCCAAAGGCGACCGCGUUUCGAGGUGAAAGUGAUAUUGAGGAUGAGUUGGACGAUGAUGUGUUUCUAGACCCCGAACCUGUAUUUCCUACUCAUUCCACAAAAUCGACAGAAGUAAGUUCCAGUGCCCAUCAAUUGCAUGCUCUUAGCGAUCCAUAUGAGCAUCCGCUACCUUUGAAUAACGGGAUCGCAUCUAAAUCAAACUCGGCAAUAAAUGAGCAAAAUGGUACUUUAAGCAACGAACACCAUUCAGUUAUAGGAUAUGAAAUGCAGUUUGAAACGCUGAAGCAACAACUGAAUGAUGCCAUUCAAAACGACGGGGACAUCAGAAAUAUGGGUGGGGGCAAGAAUUCCAGGAAAAGCAAAACUCAACAGAGUUCUCAUAAGAUUGAAUCUACUGAAAAUGGAUUGACGAGUCCCACUCGAGCACCCGAGGAGCAUGAGUCAUCGUCGAAUACAAACAGUGGUCUUGGUGAGCCGUUUCCAAUUGAAGGUGUGAACGGACAUGAAGAUCAAAACAAUCUGGCUUUAUCAAACGAAGCUUUGUCAUCUAGUCAUGCUUACGGGAAAGCAAACGAAUCCAAUCUGUUGAACGAGAGCGAACUCAACUUGGAUACCAGUUACACCACCAACAUGGUCAAAAUAGAAAAAUUUCUGAACAAACUCGAGCCUGUAACUGAAGCAUACCUUCAGCAAAAUCCAGGCACUUAUGAUAUACACCCGAAAAAGCAACGACGACGCAAAACGAACAGCGAUCUCUCGUCGAAACAACGUAACAAUGAGUCGUCAGUUGUGCGAAGUCAUUCGCCGAGCGACAAAUCUCCGAUCGAGAUCGAGCGACUUCAGAAGGUGCGGCGAAGGGCGGCUGCACGCGAAAACGGGGAGCAGGGGAUUAUUAAGUACCGUCGGCCUGUUACUCCGCCUUCACAAAGAUCAACGCGGCGCAACAAAACAAUUCUGAGGGCACAAUCGGCUCCACCCGACCAACUUGAAGUGUGGGGGGAUCCGAGGGUAAUCUCAUUGCCUCAGAAUCAAACUUUUUCGGAGUUGAAUAUUCAUAAUAACGAAACAGACUUUCAACACUCUGUGCUACCUGAAAAUAUUGCAAAUAAAUCACAGGACCACAUUAUGUUUGUCUAAUGUGCGUACUUAUUUUGACCUUGAAACUUCUUAAUAUUUCAUUGCUAUUUUUAAUUAAUUUAAUGU